AUGUCAACAAGGGAAAAUGGUCCAAAACCAUUUCCAAGCAACCGAGACAAGCGCAGCUACGAUACGUUUGAGCUACUUCAUCUGGACAUCUGCGGGCCCAUGGAAAAGGAUUCGCUCGGUGGCAGCAAAUAUUUGCUGCUGAUCAUCGACGAAGCCAGUGGAUGCAUGAAGGGCUUUUGUCUACGAGUGAAGUCCGAGAGUGAAGACUACAUCCGGAAAUAUAUCACCAUGGUACAGACGCAAUUCUGUAAGAAGGUCAAGUUCGUGCGACACGACGGAGCUCGCGAGUUUGCAACCAACUCGCUUCAACUGUUCUACGAAGACGAAGGCAUUGAACAGCAGACAACGGUGCCGUAUGCACAUCAAACAAACGGAACAGCAGAGCGUGCCAUUAGGACUAUUGUCACGAUCGGCCGCAGCAUGCUUCAUCAUGCCAAACUGGACAAGUGUUUCUGGGCCGAAGCAGCGAUGACGGCCAUCUACGUCAAGAAUCGACUGCCGUCACCUAAAGUCGUGCACAAGACCCCGUUUGAGAUCGUCUACAACUUGAAACCAAGCGUCAAGCACAUGCGAACAUUCGGGUGUCAGACAUACAUACUGACGCCUAAAGAGAAUCGACUCAAGUGGGAUCCAAAGGCUCGCGCUGGCAUAUUCGUGGGCUACGAAGAAGUUUCGAAGGCAUAUCGUGUUUAUGACAUCGAGGCGGGGCAGGUGGUUAUCAGCCGCGAUGUCAACUUCGACGAGUCCACCUUUGGACUUCAACUGCCGAUCACUGAUGAAGAUGUCGAUGACCUGGACUUCGAAUUGCUGGAUCUUGAUGACGAAGAGCUGCGUCAAAUGGAGUACAAGCAAACAGGCAAGCGCAAGAACCGACUCAAUGAUGAAGAUACAGCAGCUCCACGACCGCGUGCAGUGCGUCAACGACCAGGACUAGAAGAGUCAAGCGCGCCGGAAAACAACUCGUCACGCCAAGAAGAAGACGAAGAAACGAAGGAUUCUGGUGAUUCAACACCGCCUGUGUUUUGGCGUGCGAGUGCAAAUGCCGUUGAAGCAGCAGUGGACUUAUCAGAGCCCUCAACAUUUGAAGCAGCAGUAAGCGGCCCUGACCAAGUGCACUGGAGAAAAGCAAUUCAUGCAGAGCUCGAGUCAAUGCGACUUCGCGGUGUGUUUCGUGCAGCCAAGCUGCCCAACGGACAACGCGCCAUUGGCACAAAAUGGGUGUUCAAGAUCAAGCGCAAGGCGGAUGGAUCUAUCGAGAAGUACAAGGCACGUCUCGCGGCAAAGGGCUUUCGCUCGAAGUAUGGAAUCGACUACACGGAGACGUUUUCUCCCGUGGUCAAGCAUGUGACGCUGCGAAUGGUGAUCGCAAUUUCCAAGCAUUUUGGAUGGCCCAUCGACCAGCUUGAUGUGGUGACAGCUUUCCUGUAUGGCGUCAUGAAGGAACAAGUGUUCUGCGUGAUUCCUGAAGGCGUCGAACUUGACAGUACGUUCGACUGCCUGGAAUUGGUGAAGGCAAUUUACGGCCUGAAGCAAGCUUUGCGAGUAUGGAACGAGACGUUCGACGAGUAUGUGUGCUCCAUCGGAUUUCAAGUAUCGGACUUCGACCCAUGUCUCUACAUCAAGACUUCGGACGGCCAUUGCGUGUUUAUACUGGUCUACGUGGACGACGUCUUGGUGACUGGAAGCUCGCUCGAGCUGAUUGCACAAACCAAGAACGACCUGAAGACGCGGUUCGAAAUGACGGACAGCGGCAAGUGUGCGUUUGUUCUUGGGAUCGAGCUUUUGACGGUGAAGAUGGCAGUGUGA